GCUGCCCACGAAGUAGGUUCGUUCGCGUCCGCGCCGUCCGCGAGCCAGUCGGCGGCACCGGCUCGAAAACCAAGACCCGAGUGGUUGGUGUCCUUCCCUCCGGACGAGGCGACGCGACGCGACCGCCAGCGGGCGCAGAGGUUCGGUGUUCGGUUUGAGUCUAACAGUGCGGUGUCCAGUGGAGUGUCCAGUCCAGUCGGUGUCCGUGCGCUUUUCGCUCUUGGGAUGCCUUAGCUGCAGCGCGAUGGAUGUUACCGAUGUUGCCGGCGGCCGGCGGAGGACUCCGGGCGGCGCGAGGAGCUGCCCUUGAGUGACUUUGCCGCGAUGGACAACUGGUUGACUUCAGUGGAGCUUCAGCUGUUGCCGUCAGGCGGAACGGCAACCUCCCAGUCUCCAGGCGAUCCGAUGCCGCGAGAGGGGACCAAGCGAGGCCACUGCCCGCCCCACGGACCUGAAACGUGAACAAGAUGCGACUGUUCAGAAGACGGUGCUCGGACCCCUCGCCGCAGUUGGUGUCGCUCGCGCCGCUCCACUGCGAUGGCGAGGGCCCGCCCCUGCCGCUGGUGCCCCCCGCCCCCGCCGCCCCCCGCGGGGGCGUGCCUGUGGGCCCCGUGGGCGUGCCGCGAGGGGGCCGCUCCUCGCCCAGCACCCCCACCAGGGGCUCGCCCAAGCUGCCGCGCAAGGGGCUGUCGACCUGGGGCAAGCGCGUGGGCCAGAAGUGGGACUCCCUGAAGCGGUCCGACUCGAGCGAGCUGCUGGCCGCGGCGCCAGGACGCCGACGACACUGGUCGCCGCACAAGCCGGCGGGCGGCACCGCGACCUCGCCGUCGACGACGCCCUCCAUGAACGGCAUCACGGCGCCGCGCGCCAAGCGCAUCUCCCGCGUCGAGUCGCUGCGCAACCUGUUCGCGCGCUCCGAGCACAAGUACACCACCAGCGCGUACACGGCCAAGGCCGACAGGGCCGCCAAGGCGCCGCCGAGGCCGCGGCUGCAGGCCUCUCCCGCCCCCGCGAGCGCCGCCAAGGACAACAGCGAGUGGGUGAAGGAGGAGUGCCAGCGGGGGCUGGCGGACCUGUACGAACAGGACAGCCUGCUGCUGGGGCCAGGCGCGGGGCGGCCGCCGCCCUCCGCGCCGCGAAGACGCCCGCCGCCGAGCCAGAGCAGCCACAGCCAGGACCCCAUCGCGCUGCUGGAGCGGCUCCUCGGCGGCGGCUCGGGGUCCGCGUCGGGGGCGGCCGCGGGGGCGGGGCUGGGCGCGCUCAGCUACGACGACCUGCUCAGCGCCGUGCGCGCGCUGGCCAGCGAGACGGACCCGGAGCGACUGCGGUACGCCGCCCUGCUCAGCCUGUGGCAGCUCGACGACGACCCCGAGGACCGCGACGUGGAGUCCGAGGCCGCGCACCGCGGCCACGCCGCCCGCCUGUCCGUGCUGGCGGAGGAGACGCCCUCGUCGGGCGGCCGGACGCCGGAGCGGAGUAACAGCGCGGCGUCGGACCGGACGUCGGCGCACAAGCGGCGCCACAACUCCGUCACCGAGUGCCCCGGGGCCGCGCCGGCGCCGGGGCUGGCCGGCCGCCUCAGGACCAGCUCCUCCAGCUGCGAGAACCUGCUGCACUCCGGCGGAGCGGCCAACGGCCACGCCAACGGGCACGCCGCCGCGCAGCCGCAGCUGUCCGUCGACGACCUGUGCGUGUUCCUCAACAACCUGCUGCUCGUCAAGUCGGACGAGAGCGGCUACGAGAGCGACUCGACGCGCAACGGCUCCGAGUCACCAAGGGGCUCCAUCCGCUCGGCCUCGGCCGCGGCCUCCACGACCUCCAGGCCGAGGCCGCCCGUCAGCCGCAGCGUGUCCAACACGUCCUCCGUGGUGGACUCCGUCGUGGAGGACGACGUGUUCCUGGAGGGCCAGCCGGCCGUCUCGCCCGGCAGCGACUGCUCCCCGGAGGACGGCGCGGCCGGCAGCAGCGCGCUGUUCGCGCGGAAGAGGGGCAUCCGCCGCGGCGACGUCAAGACCCUCGGCAUCCUGGGCAGCCGGCGGCCGCAGUCCCUGGCCUGCGACAGGUGCAAGAGCAGCGUCGGCAGCAGCAGCAGCGAGGUGAGUGCGGCGAGCACCGUGAGCGCCGAGGCCGCCGACACGCGGACCGCGUCGCCCUCGCCGACACGCCCGCGGCCACUUACCCAGAGACUCGCGCCGCUAGGCCCGCGCAAGCCGCCCCCGCACUCCACCGGCCGCGGCCUGCACUCCAUGCUGUCGCAGUCCACGCUGUCGCUCACCACCGUGUCCUCCGGGAGCGCCACGACGGCGUCCUCGACGGCGGGGGCGUACGGCAAGGAGUUCCGGACGAUCCGCGUCAGCAAGGACGUGCGCGGCGACCUGGGCGUGCUCAUCGAGCGAAAGGAGAGCGGGCCGGCCGGCCCCGCCAGCUACGUGGUGUCCGGCAUCGAGACGGGCAGCGCCGUCUACCUCGACGGCCGUCUUCGAGUGGGCGACGAGCUCGUCAAGGUCGGGGGGCGGCGCAUGCGAGGGCUCACGCUGCAGGAGGCGCGCUCGGCGCUGAGGGCCUCGCCGCAGCAGGUGGAGCUGAUCGUGGCCAGGACGCCGACGACGGAGCACGCGGAGCACGCGGAGCACUCCGACGACGCGGCCUCGGCCUCCGCGACGACGGCGACCUCGACGACGCCGGCGCCGUCCGCCGCGGAGGCCGGCAAGGUGACCGGCAUGAGGAAGUUCUCCUACCGCACGGAGCAGGUGACCCCGAGGAGGAAGGCGCACUCCACCAGCAGCACCGGCAGCACCGGCAGCAGCCCGGCGGCGUCCUCGAGCGGGGCGUCGUCGUCGUCCAGCGCCGCGUCCUCCACGUCGUCCACGGGCCAUCCCCCCGCCCCCCUCCCCCACCCCCUCCCCCACCCCGUCCCCCGGCACGGCGGCCACGGCGGCCGCAGGGGCAUCCUGGGCACGCUGCCCCGACGGCCCAAGUCCAUGUCGAUGAGCCUGUUCACCGUCAUCUUCCAGAAGGGCUCGGGCCACAAGUCCCUCGGGUUCAGCAUCGUCGGGGGCCAGGACUCCCCCAAGGGCAGCCUCGGCAUCUUCAUCAAGACCAUCUUCGAGGCCGGCCAGGCGGCGGCGGAGGGCACGCUCAGAGAAGGUGAUGAAAUUCUUGCGGUCAAUGGCAAUCCGCUCCAGGGCCUGACUCAUUCGCAAGCUAUCUCCGUAUUCAAGGACAUCAAGACAGGGUCUGUUCUCCUUCAUGUCGGGAGAAGAGACCAGUUGCAUAAAAGGAGUAGCAAAUCAAAAUCGUGUGAUGGCUUGGAUAAGUUUGAUUAGAGACUUAAUCCCUCUAGAGUCACAUUUAUGAGAAGAUCAACAUAUUGUGGUAUUGCUGGACAUAGCAAGAGUGUAUGACUGUGAUAACAAUUUAAAAUAAUAUUCCAUGUUUUGUUAUAAAUAAAUAAUUAUGUAAAUAAUAAUCUACCAAGGUUUGUAACACAAUUGAUUAUGCAUUCGAACUUUGCAAUAUUUGUUAGUCCUUGCACAUUGUUAUUCCAUCAGUGUAAAAUAACCUUCUUACUACAUUUAUUCAAGCUUCUGUAAUUUUACCAGACCCAGUUGAAGAUUUAUCAUCUUCCUUAUAACUGGAAUUUGAAUAAUCUAAAAAUAUACAUGUGCAGCCUGCGAGGUACAUUGCUUUAAAUUAUUUAAUAAUUAAUGAAUGAAUGUAUAAAAUUAGUAAGUUACCAAAAAAGUGAAUAAUUUGUGUCCCCUUGGUUUGUAUUAAUUUUUAGCAUGUUUUGAAACAUAAUAUUUGAGUUGUAAAUAAAUCAUUACAUCGAA